AUGAAAAAAGAGGGGCUCCGCUUGCGUGUUUGUAAGGAGAUCCGCCGUUAUCAGAAGUCCACUGAGCUGUUGAUUCGCAAACUGCCUUUCCAGCGUCUGGUGAGAGAGAUCGCUCAGGAUUUCAAGACGGAUCUGCGCUUCCAGAGCUCCGCCGUCAUGGCCCUGCAAGAGGCCAGUGAGGCUUAUUUGGUCGGUCUCUUCGAGGACACCAACUUUUGUGCCAUCCACGCCAAGAGAGUCACCAUCAUGCCCAAAGAUAUUCAGUUGGCCCGCCGCAUUCGCGGAGAGCGCGCUUAAAUCCACAG